AUGUCGGAGACCAGGGGCGAUCGAGGCCUCAACGCUUUGCUCACGCACCUCACAGGAGUUCCGAAUGCGCAUGAAAGACGCGGACUGACGACGGCUGCAAGAAGAAGCUUCAGCGCCGUCUUGCGGUGUGCUCGGUGCCUCCAAGCUGCAAAGUUCACGGCGCUCGCCGCCAGGUCAGCACCAGGUCAGCACAUCACCACGAUACUCAGAGCAAAGCAGAGCGCCCUUGUCGCCGAGUGCGUGCUGAUCACUGACUCCAAGACCCCCCGGCGCUGCUCUAUCACUGGGAAGUGGCUCGCAGACCCGGCAUCACAAGUGGAGGAGGGGAGGGCCGUGGAGGGCCUGGAACGCGAGCUGCCUUCAGAUAAGCUGGUUCGGACCUUGUUCGGCAGGGCGAACUAG